CGCACUUCCUGGUUCUUCUGUGUUGAUGUUCACCGAUGUAAUUUCUGUUAAGUUAAACGGUAUCACUUUUUUGUUAAUGUUUCUUGCCUUUAGUAAGAUGCCGCCAAUUCUCCAUUGAAUGAAUCUAGAAUAAAAUCGAUUUCCCGUUGAUUGGCUCUGUAUUUCAGCCGUUUGUGAUCUGUUUUUUUUUUUUAUUUGGCAUGCUGUCAUCAGCAGAUUUGCUGAGGGCACGGCGGGUUUGAUGCCCACUGCUCCAACAUGGAGCACUCAGAUUUGAUCACACACAAGAACGGGCGGCAGAGGAAGCUGGCGGGUGCCACCCUCCCUCCUGAAAACGUGAGGGAUAUGGACAGGGGAGAGGCGAGCUCCUCGGAGCCAGAAGUGGAAGAUGAAGCAGAGGGUCUCGUAAGAGAGUCGGACUCUGAGAACAGGAGGCACAGAGUCCGGCCUGGGAUCCGUGGCGAGUUGGGGAACGUGCUGCUUCUUCUGUUCCUCUAUGUGCUGCAAGGGAUUCCUCUGGGACUGGCUGGUAGCAUCCCCCUGAUCUUACAGAGUAAGGGCGUCAACUACAAAGACCAAGCCUUCUUCAGCUUUGUCUUCUGGCCGUUCAGUCUCAAGCUUCUGUGGGCACCACUUGUGGAUGCUUUAUACUUCAGCAGGUUUGGUAGAAGAAAGUCAUGGCUGGUACCCACCCAGUACCUGCUGGGCCUCUUCAUGCUGUAUCUUUCUGUGACGGUCAAUUCACUGCUACAGAGUGAGGGAGGACCGAAGGUUGCAACGCUUACUGCAGUCUUCUUCAUGCUUGCCUUCCUGGCAGCCACACAGGACAUAGCUGUGGAUGGCUGGGCCCUGACUAUGUUAUCCAGAGAGAAUGUGGGCUAUGCUUCUACAUGCAACUCUGUGGGCCAGACUGCUGGCUACUUCCUGGGGAAUGUGCUCUUCCUGGCCCUGGAGUCUGCAGACUUCUGCAACAAAUACCUCAGAACAGAGCCCAAGGACACAGGCAUCGUCACCUUGUCGGACUUCUUGUUCUUUUGGGGAAUGGUGUUCCUGGUUUCCACAACGUUGGUAGCCAUCAUGAAAAGGGAGCACGGCAAAGGAAAGAGGAAAGUCCAUGAGGAGACACAGGGCGUCAUGGACACCUACAAGCUGCUGUUCUCCAUCAUUAAGAUGCCCACAGUCUUCACCUUCUGUGUCCUGCUUCUCACUGCUAAAAUUGGCUUCUCCGCAGCGGAUGCAGUGACGGGUCUGAAGCUGGUGGAGGCUGGAGUUCCCAAGGAGCAGCUGGCAUUGCUGGCAGUGCCCAUGGUACCUCUGCAGAUCCUGCUCCCUGUGAUCAUCAGUAAAUACACAGCAGGGCCCAGACCGCUGGAUGUCUUCUACAAGGCCUUCCCUUUUAGGUUGCUCAUAGGACUGGAGUACGCUCUGCUGGUGUGGUGGACCCCCAGUGUAAAACAAGAAGGAGGGUUCCCUGUUUACUACUACACCAUAGUGCUGCUUAGCUACGCAGUGCAUCAGGUGGCGUUGUACAGCAUGUACGUGGCCUGCAUGGCCUUCCAUGCAAAAGUGAGCGACCCCCUCAUCGGCGGCACCUACAUGACCCUGCUGAACACGGUCACAAACCUCGGUGGAAACUGGCCCUCCACUGUGGCUCUGUGGAUGGUGGACCCACUGACCUCGAAGGAGUGUCAGGGAGCCGUCGGGCAGAGCUGUGGCUCUCCAGAGGAGGCAGGGCUGUGCAUUAAGGAGGGCGGCGCUUGUGUGACAACACUGGACGGCUACUAUGUGGAGUCAGUGGUGUGUGUUGCGAUUGGUUUAGCUUGGUGGUUGUGGUUAGGGAAGAAAAUGAGGCGGCUGCAGGAACAGAGCCCUUCUGCAUGGAGGUGCAGAGGGAAUCAGUGAUGACACUCAUCAUCAGUACCACAGACUCUUUCUUUUUCUUUCUUGGCACCUCUGCAUACUCUGCUCUGACGACUGAAUGGUGGACAUAUUGUAACUCCGACCUCAUCCGUCUGGUUUAGUCCCUCUGGUCCUGCUCGGCCUGCUACGUUCAGAAAACACUCACUGUCACACUGUCUCACCUCUGUCACCUUGAAGCACAUCAAUCUGAUGAAAGACACCGUCGUCUCUGGAGGUAAAAAUCCCUCUCAUCGUUAUUUGUGCAAACUGUAACAGUACCCCGAAAACGGAAACAACCGCUUGAUUGAUGCUUUUUUUGUUUUUGUUCUGAAACUGUAAUCUGCUGCUCAAAACAGCCAAACCAAACCAGAGCUGGGUCGAAGAGUAACUCUCCGGCUUUGCUCUCACCUGCUUGGACAUCCAGAUUGUUGGGUUGACUAUGUGUGAAGUACAAGUUAAGCAGUUCUGUGCAGUUUUUCCUCAUGCCCCAAAUAGCUUUAGUAAACUCAGCACUUCAGACUGACUUGUUUACCUUGCUGGCCAGUCACCAUUUAAUGUACAUUAAAAGGAUCCUUAAGGGAAAAGACUGUGUGCACUUGUGUGGAUACAAUUUCCUGCUUGUCCCAAACUGUCUGAUGCUGUUUAACUCAACCCAUCUGUUAAUCCAAGUGAGCUAAGGCCAGCCUGAAGAAUAUUGCUGUUCAUUGCAUUUCAUUGCCUUUUGACUAUCUGAACCAAUGUUUUUUUUUUAUUAUUUAAUUAUUUUUUUUCCUCUAAGUAAUGUGUGCCUUGUUUAGUUUUUCAAAGUCUGUUGAACAGUCAACCUUGUUUAAGCUGUAGUUAAAUAAUCAAGGCAGGGAAUAUUACAGGAACCUGAAGAUGAAGUUGUUAAAUUGUUGAAUACUCAUUGUGUAACACUAUUUUCAGGAACAUAAUGUAGUUUGGCCGAUUACACAAAGCAACAUGACUGCUUUCACUACUUCAGUUAUUUCUGUUUUUUACAUGCUCUAGUACACAUUCCUUAUGAAGAUUAACUUGCACAGUGAUUUAUGCAUAUAUAUAAAAACAAUAUCAACUGUUAAACUAACUGAGAUGUCUAAAGUAUCCUUAAAUCUGAUCAGUUUUACCCAUUAAAGCACCAAGUCAAAUCUUUAAUAGCAAUAUUAGACAGUCUGUCCUGGGUGGUGAAUGAUUUUUGCUGAGGUAUUUACAGGAGUCCUAAUUUAACCUUUAGUCUUGCAGUAAAGAUCAAGGAUCUCUAGGCAGAGCCCGUCUGAGUGGGACGUCAAAACACCAGCGUGAAAAGUAUGCAAGUGUGAACAUACAGCGAAUUUCUCGCCCCAAAACCAGUUGAGAUCCAGGACCAGCAGCCGCGGUGAGAAACUUGCUCUGUUUGUUUUGCAUAUUGUACAUGGAACUGAACGUUACAGUGUUUUCUUUAAAAAAGAAAAGCCCCCGCUCGGUCAAAUGUAAAAUAUUGAAGUGCACAAUCAGGGUUCAGGGUUCAAUCAGGAUCAAACUCAUUGUUAACUCAUUUGUGAUUUCUUUCAUCUUGUCAACCACACAUAAAAGGUCAAAAAUGUUUUGAUUAUAAUGAUUUGGUAGGUUAGUUUUCUUUUUUUUGGCCUCUGAUUCCGCUGAAAUGCAAAGUCCCACAUACUCGACAUUAAUCCUUUUUGACAUGAACUACGUUUGUUGUUUUGAUUUUCUCGUCUUCAUUUCAGCAACACAUAUUCAUUUUUAGAAUAAUUUAGAUUUUGGUGUCAUAUCAGUUUUUAGUUUGCUAAUGUGACUUUAAGGUGGUGGUGAACUGUUAUUUCAGUUGCAGAUGAUUCAGUAGUUUUUUUAUUUAUUUCACGUUACCUCAUUACCCUUUGAUUUUGCGAUGGGUCCAAAUCCCCAAUCAUACAAAGUAAAAGGUGAUGGUAUGGUGACAUUUAAAUAUGCUAGCAGCAGUGCUCUACAAUGUUGUGAUGAUACACUUUUGUCAUUCAUACAAUGCAAUGUUGAGAUCUGAAAUAAAUCUUAUGGAA